CUGCAAAGCCGCUGCUGUUCCUCUCCAGGCGCGCAGUAGCAUACCAUCCACAAACUUUGAUGAGCUGUAACCUUCACCGAGGAAACAAAACAACGCAGACUGAAUACAUUUUUGAAAGACAUAUUUUACAGCGUGCGUCCGCUAAUACGGGACGAUCAAGGUGACAAAAUGGAAAGCACUCCUGUUGAAAUCAUCAAAGAAGACAAUAAGUGCCUGUCCACGCUGCUGGACGAUUGUCCAGUGAAUUCUUCAGCCUGGGUGUCUGGAUACUCUGAGAGCCGCAAUGUGACCCACGAUGAUAGCUGGGAGCAGGAAGGCAUGUCUCCCAUCAUCCCCAUCAUCACUGCAGUCUACUCCGUGGUGUUUGUGGUUGGCUUGUUGGGCAACUGCCUCGUCAUGUAUGUGAUCAUCAGGUACACAAAGAUGAAGACAGCCACCAACAUUUACAUUUUCAACUUGGCACUCGCUGAUGCCCUCGUCACCACCACAAUGCCCUUCCAGAGCACGGACUACCUGUUGAACACCUGGCCCUUCGGUGAGGUGGUUUGCAAAGUCUUCAUCUCUAUCGACUACUACAACAUGUUCACCAGUAUCUUCACCCUCACCAUGAUGAGUGUGGAUCGCUACGUGGCAGUGUGCCACCCGGUGAAAGCCCUGGACUUCCGCACUCCGAUCAAAGCCAAGAUGAUCAACGUGUGCAUCUGGAUCCUGUCGUCCGCUGCGGGGAUACCUGCUUUUAUCCUAGGUGGCACCCAGACGAAAAGCGACAUAACCGAGUGUGCCUUACAGUUUCCAGAGCCGUACGUGUACUGGGACACACUGAUGAAGAUAUGUGUGUUUGUCUUUGCCUUCGUCGUGCCUGUGCUCAUCAUCACCGUGUGCUACUCCCUCAUGGUCCUGAGGCUGAAAAGCGUCCGAAUGUUGUCCGGCUCGCGGGAAAAAGAUCGUAACCUGCGGCGGAUCACGCGGCUGGUGGUGGUCGUGGUGGCCGUGUUUGUGGUGUGCUGGACGCCCAUUCACAUUUUCAUCCUGGUCAAGGCGCUCGUGGGUAUACCUGAAACUACCGCCAUCAUGGCCGCCUACUUCUUCUGCGUGGCUCUGGGCUACACAAACAGCAGCCUGAACCCUGUCCUGUAUGCCUUUCUGGAUGAGAACUUUAAACGCUGCUUCAAAGACUUCUGCCUCUCGGCCAAAUUGAAGGGGGAGAAGGUGUCAGGGAGCAAGAAGAUGGCCAGCAGCGUGCAGGAGGCCGCUGUUCCCCUCGAGAACCCAGAUGGGACUAGAAAGCCGUCAUGACUAGCAGUGGAACUGUCUUCAAUUUCCCACAUUGGAAAAGAAGACUCGCAUGACCUGGGCCUAACACAUGUCACAUCAGCAAUGUAGUUUUGACUUUCAUACAGAUUAUUUUUUUUCAUUAUCACUUUGGGUUUCAGAUCAAAUGAAAGUUCCACGUUAUACAUUUUAAUCCACUUUGAUUCAUUUCUUUCCUCAUGGCGGUCAACAGGAUUUAGGUGGAUGUGAUUAACAAAACAAAAGUGAUUAAAGUUUGUCUUUUAAAAGCAUUUAUUUUCAAACCAUGCCCUAUCUUGCUAGACAGUAUAAGAAAGUAAUAAAAAAUAUAUGGACUACACAUGUUCCUAUGAGUGGGACAUCCCAAAACCAAGUGGCACACCCCAAAGAAAAUUGAAUGCCAAACUUUCUCAGGAAAAUUAAUGAUUAUUUAAUAGAAACAGAUGAAAAUUGUACAAUGAUUGGCCCCUUCACACAGUAUACUUGUUACAUUAGUGUUUUUAUGCUCACAUUUUGUUUAUGUCCUUUCUCAAAUUCUAUUCCUGUUAUUUCCUCCUAUAAUAUUUCUAUAGCCAAAUGUGCCUUUAACAGUCCAGGAUAACACAUGUUUGUAGCAGCGGAAAACGAUUUUAGUAAUGAUUACUAAACUGGGUCAAACAGAAACUGUUAAAAACAAUAGAGUUAACAUGUCAGUGGUAGUUGCAUGAAUCACUGACAGUCGAUAUGUGCCAGAAUCCUUUUAACCUCUGUGAAGGGCUUGCAUUGUGCUGAAUGACCACAAUGCAAGGGAACUGACUCAUGUUGGACUGGGAGGUAAACAAAAACAAAACACUCUGCAGCAUCAAAGCAAGUUUAUCUCUGAGAAAAGUUCAAAAUCCUGGACUUGAAUGUGCUUUUAAAAAUUUGACAGAGGGCUCUCUAUCAGCUUUGACGCUGGAAUUGUGUCCAGUUUGAUAAGUUGUUCAAUUUAUGGUGUAUUAUUCAAUCACAUGUGCUUUGUGUGGCUUUUACCAUGAUGCACAUAGUCCCAUUGAAACACUCAUGCUAGUAUUGUAGGGAAAUGUUCUCAUCGUGGCAAUCUGAAAACAUGAAUAGCUGUUUAAACAUGUUUCUUCCGUCAACUGUACAUAGUAUGUAUACAUUAUUUUGUAUAAAUAACAAAAAAGCUUUGCACAGGCACCAUUGAAAUAUACAGAAUUUGUAGCAUGUGAUCAUUGCUACGAUAGUAUCGACGGCCUGUGCUUGAUGGACUGUGCUGUUAUUGUGAAUGUACUGCAAAUAUACUCUGUAUUAUACAAACAUGUGAUUACUCUUUGUAUAAAGUCAUCAAUCUCAUUAGAGGUCAGAAAAUAUUUAUGAAAUUCAGUAAUAAAAUCCAUUUUCAUAAACAUUCUGUUUCACUCUCAUGUCACUAAACCAGAGCUUUGUGGGUUUGGGGGGAACUAUGUAUAAUGUCAAAUAGAUAAAGCACAGAAGUUCUGUUACUGGACAACAAAAUAAGAGACAACAUUCUAAGAAACUACACUGUGACCAAGACAUCAUUUGUUUUCUUUUCAGUCUCCGUGCUCACUAUUUAAAUCUGCCGCUGCUGUAUAUUUGCUUUGUCCACUGUGAACCGAACUGCAGACACAUUAAUCAAAACAUCCUGUGUGUGACGCGCUUAAUAUUAAAGCAAGUUUAA